AUGAGUCCUCAGACCCCCAAGCCAUCCGUUCCCUCUGAUAUUCCAUCCAGCUGGAAAUUGCGGUUUACAGAACUUGCAGCACAAUGUGUGCUAUUUCACUUUCGGCAAGCAUUGAUUCACAUGCACACUGAGGGGCCCAACCUCCUCCAGCCAGAGCCAGGAUCCCAGUGGGAUUGGAAUGCAAAACUCCUGGGAACAUUUGUUAGCAAAUGUAAAAGAGCAGCUGGGGUGUUAGUGAUUGCAUAUCUCACAAAGAUGAAUAUUCAAUGGGAUGCAACAUUGUAUGCAGAGCAGGCGGGCCCUUGUAAUAACGGCCAGAACAAUAAGCUCAAACAGAGUAUAUCUGAGGAAUAUCUACCCGCUGCAAAAGAUAUUGGCAUCAUCACAAUCCCUUCCAUCAUAAUAGACAUUCACGGAAGAAUAGUGCUAUGUCUACGGCAUCUCAAGCAAAAUAUGGACAGCAAACACCCCAAGAAGCCCUCAAAGAGCUGGCAUCAAUCUUCCAAAUAUUACAAAAAUCCCAGGGAGUGUCAGCUAUUCCCUUUUGGGUUGAUAGACUUAUCCCUAGCAUGGUUGCAACUUGGCCAUGAACAAACUGGAGAGGCUCCACGAGCUUCCCAGUCCCUCUGCAAAUCUACACCCCCGGGCACCGGUGAACUGUGGUUGCAAUCCUCUGUGGAGACCGGGGCCCUCAUGAGUGCAAUCUUGCGUGUAGCUCACCCUGCGCUCUAUGAGUUGGCCUGGGAGGUGCCAGGACAGUUUGAGGACCAUAUGGAUGAUGUGAUGGUACUAAAGGCAUGGAGUUUGGUCUUCAAUGCACUUUCUAUCAUCAGCAACCAGGAGAUGCCAGUACACGGGGAUUGUCUAUCCAAAGCAGAGUGGUAUAACAUGUUGGCAAGCGUAGGAGACUAUGAUGAGGCCAUUCUGGAGCCCACUGGGUGGGAAGUUGCUGAAUCAUGGGGUUUCAUCCUGCAGUGGAGAGAGAAUAUGUUUUGUAUAUUACAUGAGGGAGUAUAUACAUACAAUGUAUGGGGUGGAGACCCUGGGAUGCAAUUUGUAGUAGCUCACUCAAAGAAAAGGGUGAAACCUGGGCACCCUGCAGUUGGAUACCAGGAGCAAGUAGAAGCCCGGGAAUCUUGUAUUACUACAAAGCCCGGGAAGUAA